CCCCGGUCAGGAGUGGCCUGAUAUAAGCCGGAGCGGUGAGGUUUCAGAUUUCGCAACGCAGCCUACGACCCCGACCGCCGAGUAUCUGAGCUGCGCUCGUAGACCGUGGCGGUGGGCAACACAACAGCGAGGCACGGUGGGCGUGUAGUACGUCGCGUGCGGCGAAAGGCGGGAAGAACAUCGCAGUCUUGUCACAGAGACGCUACACGUCGUCUCGUCAUUGGGCAUUGGCACCAAACCAUGGGGAAAGUCAAAAUUUUGUUGGUGCUUGCUCUGGUGGAAGCCUUGUGCCAGGUGAGCUCAGGCAUCGACGCCUGGGUAAAGCUGAACACGGUGCCCGCCUCCUUCGAGAUCAAGACAGGACAUCGUCCCGGCGAGAGCGACGACGUCGUAGCGUGGGGAUCGUUCCAGAACGCCAUCAACGAAACCGGGUUCGGCUUCCUUGAAAUCUACACGAACGAGAAGUUACCGGACGAGUACCAAGCCUACGCGGCGGGAUUUCUGGAAGGCUACCUCACCAAAGACCUUAUCCGCAUGCACUUCGAUAACCAAUGGGCUGAUUACUGCGUGAACGAGACAGCGUACUGCAAGAAGCUGUACCACUUUUUCAGCGAGAACGUGCGCCACAUGAACGAACAGGCAGCCCAGUACCGAUCUUCAAGCGCCUACUGGCAUCAGGUCGACCUGAUUCUCAAUCAGAUGGCAGGGCUGGACGACGCCCGGAAAGGAUUCACUGAGUACUUCCCGAGCUGGUCGUACGUGAACGCCACCGACUUGCUGUUCCUGAACGCAGACGGUGAUUUGGAAGACCUGGAGGGCGCCCUGAAACGCCGCGUGGGCCGCAAGGUGCUGGGCUCCGGCUCCUGCUCUGCGCUGGUCAAGGUGUUGCCCGACAACAGGGACCUCUACUUCUCUCAGGUCACGUGGUCCACCUACGCCAGCAUGCUCAGAAUACUCAAGAAGUACUCGCUGCGCUUCCACAAGACCUUUCAAUCGAAUGAGCUCAUCCCCGGCCACACACUCACAUUCUCCUCCGCACCCGGAAGAAUAUUCUCCGGCGAUGACUUCUACCUCAUUUCCUCCGGGCUGGCGACCAUGGAAACAACUAUCGGCAAUGGCAAUCCCGACCUGUACCAGUACAUCACACCUCAGACAAACUUGGAGUUCGUGCGAAACAUUGUCGCCAACCGACUGGCGACCACAGGCAAGGAAUGGAGCGAACUGUUUGCGGAGCACAACAGUGGCACCUACAACAACCAGUGGAUGGUGGUGGACUACAAGAAGUUCAAGCCGGGACAGCCUCUGCCUGAUGGUCUUCUCUACGUACUGGAGCAACUACCCCACUACAUCAACAUCACGGAUGCCACGCACGUCCUUCGGAACCAGUCGUAUUGGCCCAGCUACAAUGUACCUGCGUCGGAGUUCAUCUUCAACAUGAGCGGCUCGCAGAAGCAGGUGGAAAAGUUUGGCGACUGGUUCACCUAUGACAGGACUCCACGGGCGCUCAUUUUCAAGCGAGACCACGGCAAGGUUCAAGAUAUGGACUCCAUGAUCAAGCUCAUGAGGUACAACGACUACCAAAACGACCCGCUGUCGCGUUGCAACUGUACGCCUCCGUACAGCGCCGAGAACGCCAUCUCGGCCCGGAGCGACCUGAACCCUCCCGACGGCAAGUAUCCCUUCGGGGCACUUGGACACCGAGGUCACGGUUCCACGGACAUGAAGCUGACCAACUCGAGCCUUUUCACGAAUCUGGAGUUCACGGCUGUUGGUGGCCCCACCUGGGACCAAGUACCUCCUUUCCAAUGGAGCACGUCUGGACUCAAGGACCGACAUGAGGGACAACCGGACCUUUGGAAAUUCACACCUUUCACUCACCAGUGGCGCUCUGCAAGCGAGUACAACUGAACAUUCAGUCAACUAACGCACAUGGACUAAAUAAAGAUGAAAUGUCCUAGGGACCUAAA